GCGUAACUCAAACACAACGAUUCGUCAAAACGACUAUACUAAGUAGCAAUCAAGUUUAGACUGUCGUUGCAGUACUCCGUCAUAUUAAUAUCUCUUUACAAACAAGACUGGGAUUCACCGUCUAUUUUUAGAUACAAAAAGGAAGUGGGUCAAUCGUAGUGAACCAUGUAUUAAGACAGAUAGCCAGUAUAGCUCUAGUAUAUAAACGUUUUAUGUGUAACGUGUCGUUUUAUUGCAUUUCUAAAGGGAGCGCAUAACAAUAACUGAAGUUCAAAACGAAAUUACCUGUUCGAAACCAAUCAAGAAAACUUCAAAAUGUGUGGUAUAUUUGCAUACCUCAACUACCUGGUUCCGGCCACACGCAAGCAGAUCCUUGACAUUCUGAUAGAGGGUCUGAAGCGUAUGGAAUAUCGAGGCUAUGACUCGGCAGGUGUUGCAUUUGACAUCAGUGAGGAGACGAACAACAAAUCAGCCAUUAAACUGGUGAAGAAACGAGGAAAGGUCAAGGAAUUGGAGGCAGCUCUUGAAAAUCAGAACGGCCUGUCCUACACCAAGGAGUACGACAUCCACUGUGGCAUCGCCCACACCCGCUGGGCAACCCACGGUGAGCCCAAUGAGGUCAACAGCCAUCCGCAGAGGUCAGACGAGAACAAUGAAUUUGUUGUGGUACACAAUGGGAUCAUUACAAACUACAAGGACAUUAAAGCCUUUUUGGAAAAGAAGGGCUUUGUGUUUGAGUCUGAGACAGACACAGAGGUGAUUGCCAAGCUGGCCAAGCAUGUGUUCGACUCUGACAACCACGAGGGCUCUUUCAGAGAGAUCAUUGAGAUCGUUGUGCAGCAGCUGGAGGGUGCCUUUGCCCUGGUAAUUAUGAGCACUCACUUCCCGGGCGAAUGUGUGGCAACACGCCGCGGCAGCCCAUUGGUGAUAGGCAUGAAGAGCAAGGCCAAACUCUGCACAGACCAUAUCCCUGUCUUCUACAGCAAAGGAAUAGGAUUGAAACAGUUAAAUGAAAAAGGAGACAAUAGAGGGUACAUGGCAGGGCUGGCCCCUAACAGGAUGUUCUCAGAGUCAGAGUACCACACGGUGGGCCCCGAGAAGGAAGUGGAGUACUUCUUUGCCUCUGAUGCCAGUGCCAUUAUUGGCCACACAAACCAAGUGAUAUACCUUGAAGACGAUGACGUUGCCGCGGUAACAAAAGGAUGCCUCACACUUCACCGCAUAAAACGCGCGACCCUUGGCGAGGGGGGACUGAACAACGACCGCAAACCUAAUCUGCAGCCAUCCAUACGCAAAGUGCAGACCAUUCAACUGGAGUUGCAGCAGAUCAUGAAAGGUAAUUACAGCACGUUCAUGCAGAAGGAGAUAUUUGAGCAGCCCGAGUCCGUCGUGAACACAAUGAGAGGACGUGUGAACUUUCAGGAGAACAAAGUAACACUGGGAGGUCUCAAGGACUACAUCGCGGAAAUCAAGCGCUGCAGACGACUGCUGUUUAUUGCCUGCGGGACCAGCUUCCAUAGCGCUGUAGCGACCCGUCAGCUGCUGGAGGAGCUUACUGAGCUGCCAGUGAUGGUGGAGCUGGCCAGUGACUUCCUGGACCGGAACACUCCAGUCUUCAGAGACGACGUCUGCUUCUUCAUCAGCCAAUCAGGUGAGACUGCUGACACGCUGAUGGCGUUGAACUACUGCAAGAAGCGAGGGGCGCUGAUUGUGGGUAUAACCAACACUGUGGGGAGCACGAUCUGCAGGGAGUCCCACUGUGGUGUGCACAUCAACGCCGGCCCUGAGAUUGGUGUGGCCAGUACUAAGGCCUACACAAGUCAGUUCAUCUCCCUGGUGAUGUUUGGACUGAUGAUGUGUGAUGACAGGAUCUCGAUGCAAGAAAGGCGCAAGGAGAUUAUCCAAGGCCUCAAGAAAUUGCCUGAACAAAUCAAGGAGGUCCUUGCCAUUGAUGAUGAGGUGAAGAAGCUGGCAGAGGAGAUGUACAAAGAGAAGUCUCUACUGGUCAUGGGCCGAGGCUACAACUAUGCCACAUGUCUCGAGGGCGCUCUGAAAAUCAAGGAGUUGACCUACAUGCACUCUGAGGGAAUCCUGGCCGGGGAGUUGAAGCACGGUCCACUGGCUCUGGUGGACAAGGCCAUGCCAGUUCUGUUCAUUGUCACGAGGGAUGGCGUGUACUCGAAAUGCAUGAAUGCUCUCCAACAAGUGAAAGCCAGACAUGGUGAACCUGUGAUAAUCUGUAAUGUCGACGACACAGACACGAUUGCUCAUGCAAACAGACAUGUCACUGUGCCGCAUACAAUCGAUUGCCUACAAGGCAUUCUUACUGUGAUACCCAUGCAACUGCUAUCGUUGCACAUCGCGACAUUGAAAAAGUGUGAUGUGGAUUGUCCAAGAAACCUAGCAAAGAGUGUCACCGUGGCUUAAACAUCUGGGGGCUACUGCUGUAUAAGGUGAUGAAUAAAUCCGUGUUGACCAGCCAAGAGCCCUGCUGAAAGUGCACGCCAAUUAGUUGUCAUGGUGACAUCACCUGGGACCAUGUUUUGCCUAUCAUCAAUGCUUGCCUUGUUACCUUAGCACUGGUUGCUAAGCAUGUAUUGAUCAAAGACAAUAGGAGUGUAUAUCAUCAUAUAUAAUUAUGUAUUUAUGAGCAUAAUUAUAUGUUGAAUCAUUAGCCUUUAAGUUGCAAUUAUGUGAUUUGUUUUUUCUAUCAUGAAUGGUUAUUUAUAAUUUUCAAUUUUAGAAGACGCAUAUGGUCAUCUUUCAUAUUAAAAUAUAUGUUGUACAAUCACAUGUUGCUCAAAACUGCUUUAUAAUACAAACCAAAUGCAAAUUUAUAGUUAAUUAUUGUAUCAAGUAGACACUUUUCUACAUUUACUCCAUAUUCUUUUUCCAAGAGUUGUUCAAUUUUUUUUUGUUUUAAAUCAGGAUAUUUCCAUUCAGGUUUGAGGUCAAAUUUGACCGUUUUGUUUCAGUGCAUUUUUUCUUUUACAAAUGACGAAAAAAAUCCAUUAUUUCUACAUUUUCUUCUGAUGUUGCCAGUUAACAGUCUUUUAACAGGGUUAGAUUAUUCACACUUUUAAUAGAGAUUUUAUAAACCUUGUUUGUUAGGAGAUUUUACGUUUUUGUUUUUGUUGUGUAAACAUUUAUGAGUUAAGUAUAUUGAAUUACAAACCGGUAAUUUGUGUCUGGGGGAAAAUUUGUAUGGUGGUGAAUAUAUAAUGAGUUUAUGUUAUUUAACAAAUAUCAUGUUGUAUAUUAAUUUAUGCUGUAUGUCUAAAGUAGAUAGACAUUUUUAGUUGUAGCCUUCUAAAAUAAAUUGCUUGUAUUUCAUUUUUAUAUAUCAAAAUCGUUGCAGUUUGAGUUUACAAAGCGUUGACAUUUAUAGCGUUGCAAUAAACAGUAGUGCGAAUGUUUAAUUAAGUGUGAUAUACAAUGUUCACUUUAAAGACAGACUGACAUCACAUAGAUUGUUAAAUGAUUCAUUUUGAUUCGCUUUUCAACCUAUACACAUAAAUAACAUUAAUAUAAAUAAUAUAAAUACAAAUUAUUUCUUAUUAUUCUUAAAGGGACCUUUUCACAGAUUUUGGCAUGUUUUGAAGUUUGUCAUUAAAUGCUUUAUUUUUAUAAAUGUAAACAUUGGAUCUUAAAAGCUCCAGUAAAAUAUCAAAAAUAAAAUUAAAAAAGAAAAGAAAAAAAGGUAACCCUCAGCAGGGCUCGAACCACUGACCAUUGGUGUCCUGGAGUAAAAAGUCUACUACUUAGACCACUCGGCCAUCCUUUCGGAUACAAUGACAUAUGUAUGUUAUACUUUAUAUAAGCAAUCCUCGUAGUUUCACAAAAUAUAACGACAACAACAGAACUCUCCAAAUUAUUAAUUCGUUUCGCGUUGCAACGCUUUAUAAUUUUCUGGAUUUUAAAUCAUCAAAAGAUGCAUAUUAUGGCUAUUUUAGAGCAUGGUAAAUGUGCAGUAUUACUGUUUCCUCACAAAUAUCAUAACUAAAACGAAAAUAUGCGAAUCUGAAAAAAACUUUUUUCAAUUUUGUCAAUUUACCCAAUCGUGAAAAGGCCCCUUUAAAUGCAAAUGUAGAUCUGCUUAUAAAUCUGUACAAAAAAAUAAUUGAUUUAUAAAAUUCAAAUUUGUUAUACAGAACGUUCAAGAAUUCCAAUAAUAAUGUGUUAUACAGAACAUUCAAGAAUUCCAAAAAAAAAACUCAUGAUCUUGUGUCCAAAAUUUUGGAAACAUUACAAAAGAAGAUGGUGUUGAACAUACAUUUAAAUGAGCCAGUCUGUGAGCCAGUCUGUAGAGAACACUGGGCUUAAUGCAUGUGCUUAAAGUAUCAUCCUAGACUGGAUUUUUGUUAACCCUUUGCAUGCUGGGAAAUUUGUCAUCUGCUAAAAUGUUGUCUGCUGAAUUUCUAAAAUUAGCAUUUUCUUCGAUUUUUUUCAAAGAAUAUUAUCAGAAUAGCAAACAGUUUGGAUCCUGAUGAGACGCCACGUUCUGUGGCGUCUCAUCUGGAUCCAAACUGUUUGCAAAGGCCUUCAAAAUUCGGUUCCCGCACUGAAAGGGUUAAGAAGAGAAUUUAUUUAAAUGAAAGAAUCCAUACAAGUUGAGUGUUGCCCCUGAUUAGCUAGCCUGUUGGCACUGCAGGCUAAAUUUGGGACAAUUCUUAAUGCACAUGCUUUAGUCCCAGUUUUCUCAGGAACAAGCUCUAAUAGUUGCAGCACUUGUUAGCCUGAUGUGAUUUGCCCAGUAUAUCCAUACAUCCCUAUGUAAUACAAUGUACAAAGGUGUUUUAUUUCAGUGUCGAAACCAUGAUUCUUCUUUGCGGCACACUUGUUUCCAGUUGUCUAACAUGAUAUCAGGUCAAUUGUCACUUAAGUGUUAGUAACCUAUGGAAGUAUUUCUUUAAUUUGUUUUCAUCAUAGUAACAGUUAAUCAUAAGAAAUUAAUUCUCACAUUGUAAAAUCUCACAUACCAAAUUCUCACACUAUGAAAUCUCAAAUUGUGAAAUCUCAGCCCAAAAUGUGUGUUCAAUUCUGUUUUGUGUGUGAUUGAAAUAUGAUGAGUAGACAUUUACCCUUUACAAAAUAUUUUGAUGUUUGACCUAUGCAUCCGAUACAGACAUGUUUACCAGAUAUGACAGUUUCAUACUAAAUUAUUUGGCGGACUAAUGCCAUUUUAAAAAUUAACAUUUGUGUGUUGAAAGAAACUAAAAUGCUGUUUAGAUGCAUUUCAAAUCUAUCAACAUAAUUUUUUUAUUAUAUAUCAUUAAUUAGGAAAUUAACUACAUAUUUGGAUAAUGCGGUUGGUUGAAGAUGCACUGUUAACUUCUUUAUUAUGAAAGGGUUUUGGGUUCAAAAUGAUUGUGAAGUGUUGUUCUUGUAUUAAUAUUUGGUCGCUUAAACUUAAAGGAAGUUAACAUAAUUUUUAACCAGGUUUUCAGAAGGAAAAAACUGGUUAUUAGAUUGGCGAAUGUGGGCGGGCUGGCGGGCUGGCUGGCGGGCGGGCGGAACAAGCUUGUCCGGGCCAUAACUAUGUCGUUCAUUGUCAGAUUUUAAAAUCAUUUGGCACAUUUGUUCACCAUCAUUGGACGGUGUGUCGCGCGAAAUAAUUACGUCGAUAUCUCCAAGGUCAAGGUCACACUUUGAGUUCAAAAUGGCCAUAAAUGAGCUUGUCCUGGCCCUAACUAUGUCAUUCAUUGUGAGAUUUUAAAAUCAUUUGGCACAUUUGUUCACCAUCAUGGGACGGUGUGUUGCACGAAAGAAUCACGUCAAUAUCUCCAAUGUCAAGGUCGCCACGACUAAAAAUAGAUUUUUUUUUAAAACAAACUUACAAAGGGGGUUUAUUUUGUUUGUUCAUUUCAAAAGUUCAGUUUGAGUUUUCUCCCUUUAUCAGAUUUUCUUUUCACAAUGAAAACCUGGUUUUGUGACAAUUUUGUCCCUUGUUUCGAUAUAUCCAACCACUUGUUUGCUUUUGCAAAUUUUUGAUUGCUCAAAAUGAAUACAAUAUUUUGUCACAAGAAGUUUAAUUUUGCUUAUGCAAUAUUUAUUCUGAUGUUGUUUUCCUGCUUAUUUACUUAACAGAACAAAUUGACUUUUUUAGGGCAGGCAAAAGAUUAAAUGUUAUGCUUGCCAUUAGCCUCUUUGUACUUUUCAAUUAAUUUAAUAAUGUAGAAUUAGCUAGGGGUGAUGUAACAUAUAUUUAUUUCAUCAUUAUACAUAUUCCUUAUUAAACUGAGAUAUGUUUACAACUGGCAAACUAAUAAAUAAAUAAGUUGGGUUAAAACAGU